AUCAAUUGAAGACUUGCAUGCUAUAUCAUGCUGUUUCAUUGUGUUAAAAAUUCAUAAUAACAAGAUGGUUAUCUUUGAAAAUCUAUUGCUUAUUGAACACAUAUCGAUUACAAAUUAAACUAUAACAGAUCAACGAUUCUCGUCUCUGAACUGCAGAUAUAUUUCUGAAGAAAAUAAAAAUUAAAUCUGGAAAAACUCGACUAAUCUAUAUACAGUUAAGUAGUAAAUCAGCAAUAUAUAUGUGACUGUAAUAAUGAUUUGAAGUUUUUUGAAAAUAUUUGAACAUCCAAAUACCAAAAAACAAAAUGACAAAUGGAACAUUAGUAUAUAAACACGACGAACAGAUAGAAGCUUGGAUUGAUGACGCAACAUGGAUCUUAACAAGUUCUUUUAUAAUAUUUACAAUGCAGUCAGGAUUUGGACUAUUAGAAAGUGGUAUGUCCAGCAAAAAGAAUGAGGUAAACAUUAUGAUAAAGAAUGUGGUAGACGUGGUGUUUGGCACCCUGACAUAUUGGGCCGUAGGAUAUGGACUGACAUUUGGGACGGAUAAAGGCGCUAAUUGGUUUACAGGAGUUGGGUCCUUCUUUUUAGACCCUGACGAAGAAACCAUGGGAACAGAGUUUUCCAAAUUCAUAUUUCAAGCCUCGUUUUGUACAACAGCUACUACUAUAGUAUCAGGAGCAAUAGCAGAAAGAACCAAACUAACUGCCUACAUUGCAUUUUGCUUACUGAACACAAUUGUUUACAGUUUCCCUGCUCACUGGGUAUGGUCAAAGAAUGGGUGGUUGAAGCAAAUGGACGUGGUCGAUGUUGCAGGUGUUGGACCGGUUCAUUUAGUUGGAGGUGUGACAGCACUUGUAGCGGCAAUUAUAGUGAAACCAAGAUAUGGAAGAUUCUCGGACGACCAAGUGACUGUACAUGGAAACUCUGUAAAUGCUGUUCUUGGAUUGUUUAUUUUAUGGUGGGGUUGGUUAGGAUUCAACUGUGGUAGUACAUUUGGUAUAAGUGGAGGAAAGUGGAAAAUUGCUGCAAGAUCGGCUGCCACGACAAUUUUAUCAUCUUGUAGUGGAGGCGUUAUGGCUUUCUUAUUGAGUUUCUUAUUACACAAGAGAAAGUUUGAUGUUCAAUUGUUAGUGAAUGGAAUUCUUGGAUCACUUGUCAGUAUAACAGGUAUAUGCGCAGUAACAACUACAUGGGCUGCUAUCCUCAUUGGUGCAGUUGGAGCAUGUGUUACAACUUUUGGACAAAUAGCUCUAGUCAAAAUGAAAGUAGACGACCCAGUUGGCGCAGUAGCAGUUCAUUUAAUGGGUUCCAUUUGGGGAAUUUUAUGUUGCGGUCUCUUUGGACUGAAAGAUGAUAUUGAGCACAGUUUUAGUCAUCAUGAUGGUCUAGUCUGGGGAGGUGGUUUCUACUUACUUGGAGUUCAGACUAUGGCUGCAGUCACAAUCAUCAUAUGGUCAGUGGUGACGUCAUUUAUAGUUCUCAAAUUAAUUGACAUGACUAUAGGGUUACGACUUACCUUAGAAGAAGAACUUUAUGGGGCUGAUUAUUGUGAGCACAACGUUGAACUUCCGCCGGAUGUGAAAGAGUAUGCUGAAUCAGUAUUGCGCAGACUGAAGGAAAAAUCAGAACGUGCUAAGAAAAGUAACGGUAACGUCCCACGUGCAGAUCAAGUAAAUUCAACCCCUGAUCAACCUACAGACAACAUUCCUGCACGUGACACAGAUGAUCUUAUUCUUGAAAACAUCAACAAAUGUUCUGACGAGGAGGCCACUGAUAACGACGAUAAAGUGCGCAAAAAAUGCGAACAGAAACAAAAUAGUAGAACAAACGCAGACGGAAGUCUACAAAAAAACAAUGGUCUGAAAGGUAUUGACAAGGAUGGAAAGAACGAUGCAGAUAUUAAGCUAAAUACGAGGAAAAGAGCGCGUAAAACCGUUGUGUUUGCAUCCGUGAAUAGGGAUAAGAAAGUCGAGGGUGGGCAGUGCAAUCCUGCAUUCAAAGAAUGACAUUUUUUUUUAUUAUUUGUCUUGGGUUAUUCUGUUAAGAAUCUAACGUUGUACAUUAGAAAAAACUAUCAUCUUAUUAAAGGAAACUAAUUGGUUCAUAGCUUUUUAAAACAUUAUCAAUUUUUAUAUUUUCUCUCUCUUUUUGUGAAUGUAAAUUACUGCUUUUUCUGUAAAUACAGUGAUAUAUUAUUAUUUGUUGUAUUAUUAUCAUUACAUUCUUUUUUCAAAUAUAAAAGUAAAGGUUUAAUGUGUCA